AUGUCUGAAGAAGCAAUAGCCAGUGGCGAUGAGCCCAAGGGCAUCUACGAGCCACUGCAGGAUCCCUUCCAGCAGCUUACUGCCACCAACCGCGGGCCGAUUGCUUUGGUCACUGCAACAACGUUGAUCAUCAUCACAUCAUUGACUGUAUCUGUCAAGGUGUAUACCAUGUACGCUACGACCAGAAAGCUGGCUUGGAACGACAUAUCGAUGUUGGCUUCAAUUAUUUUUGGUAUUGCGUAUACCAUCUGUGUGUGUCAAGCCGUGCAGCAUGGACUGGGUCGUGUUUCAGACCAACUCGAUGAUUCGGGGCUGGACGCGUUGAGCAAGGACUAUUAUGCCGCCAACAUUCUUCUCGUCUUGUCGCUAGCGUCCGCCAAAACGGCCGUCACACUCCUGGUCAUCGCCAUUAAACCCCUGAGAUUCUUGAUGAGGGCUUGCUACUGUGUAGUUGCCCUGUCUGUGCUUUGGGGUGUUGCCAGCGCGAUAACGCUCGGUCUGCAGUGCAGUCCGACUCGAUGGGCUCUUGGUCCAAGCGACAACGACACCUGCAUAGAUCAGUACGCAAUGCAGAUCGGAAUUCGCGUCUGCGACAUCGCUACCGACAUCGCCAUCAUCGUGCUGCCCAUUGUUAUGAUGCAGUCAGUCCAAACGACCCCUGGAAAGAGAUGGAUGGUUAUGAUGCUCUUCAGCCUGCGGAUUGUUACACCGAUCAUCACCCUCAUCUCCAUCCUCUCCCUCUCCGAUUACUACAACGCCCCCCUCCGCGACCGGCCAUUCGCAGCCGUGACCCCCUCAAUCUGGACGACCGUAGCCCUCAACCUCAGCAUCAUCACCGCGUGCAUCCCGUCCAUCAAGCGUUUCCUGGCCGACUGGGCCGCAGGGCUCUCCAAGGCCGAGAUCAACGACGCCUUCGAGCUCGAGCACUCUGCCGGCAAGUCCCACUCAGGCAACAAUACCUAUGCGGCCGGCAGCGGCUUGGGUAGCAAGCUUGCCUCGCGGCUGGGAUUGAGCACGAACUCGAGGGUGGAGAUUUCGAGUGCGGGGAGGAGUCGAGAUCGGGAGAGGGAUGACAGACACCAUCAUGGUGGUGGGAGCAAGAGCAGGCUUGACACACGGGUCAGUGGGAGGCGAGGCCAACAGAGUCCGAGCGGGGAUACAAGUGAUAGCGUGAAGGGCCUGACGGACGGGGUAAUCAUGCAUACGAUUGAUUAUAAGGUUGAGUAUGAGGAUCAGGGUCCCCUAACGGGCGAGGAUAGGGAUGGAAGUACGAGUAGCAGGGCUGAAGGGGGGGCGUAUGAGAUCGGUCGGAGUUAUUGA